UGAUGUGGAAAUUUUAACCAACUACCUACAUUUAGAAUACCAGUGUCUGGACAGAAUACGUUCUAGAAUUAGUUUGAACCAGCCCUGUGAGCUGAAUCUGGACCGCUGUAAAGACAACAAUGCUCACUGUGACCCUGACUUUCUACAGUGCAGGUGUGUCAAAGGAUACUUUGCUAAAAUCAUCAACGGAAAUCCAGUUUGUGUCCCCCACAUUCCCCUGAAUGGUUUGUGUGCAGUCCCAGACAUAUGUAACAGUACCAACGCAGAGUGCAGAGGAGGGCGCUGCAGGUGUAAACCAGAUUUUUAUGAGAAAUAUGGAAGCUGUGACUAUAAGAUAGCCCUGGGUUCCCGGUGUCAGAGUGCCUUAGACCAGUGUGUGGACCAAUUUGGACGAUGUCAGUCUGGGAUAUGUCGCUGUAUACAGGGAUACUUCCCCAAGGCUGGCAUGUGCCGUCCCUCCAUCCCCCUGGGUGACCGCUGUGCCCCAGACGAGGAGUGUGCAGACGUGGCAGCUACCUGUCAGGCAGGGGCGUGUAGGUGUAACAAUGACCACUACGAGAAGAGUGGACGAUGUGUUGCAAAGCUGGGUCUCAAUGAUGGCUGCUCAUCUCAGGAUGUGUGUAAAGAUGAAAAUGCUGCCUGCUUGGUGGGAGCCUGUUACUGCAAAGGAGAAUAUUAUGAAAAGAAUGGCAAAUGUGUUCUGAAGAUCCCGCUGAACCAGAGAUGUACGGAGUCUGUGGACCAGUGUGCAGACCCCAACUCCAACUGUAAAGAUGGCCGCUGUCACUGCACUGACACAUUCUUUGCUAAGAACAUUAAAUGUGCCCCCAAGAUCCCCAUCAAUGGUGUCUGUGACUUGGGUGACGUCUGCUUGGACGAGUUUGGGAGAUGUCAUCUUGCAAGAUGUCAGUGCAUUGACACCCAUUUCUAUCACACUCUCAUGGGAAAAUGUGUACGGAAAGUUCCGACGAGUGGUGAUUGCACAUCUCUGGAUAUUUGCGCUGAUGAUAACGCAGAGUGCAUACGAGACAAAUGUUUUUGUAAGCAAGGAUAUGCUCUUCUCAACAAUAAAUGUGAGCCGCGGUUUGGCAUUGGUGCCCCGUGUCAAGAUGACGACCAGUGCGCUGAUGGUAAUGCAAGGUGUGAUCAGCAGUGUAUAUGCAAGGAAGGAUUCUUUCCUCUCAAUGAAAGAUGUGUACAAAAACCAGAUGUGGGUGGAGCUUGUGAUGGCCCCUCCUACCAGUGUAGUGAUGACAAUGCCAUUUGUCAGAAUGGCACCUGUCAAUGUGUCAGCACUCAUUACCUCAGCGGCAGAAGAUGUGUUGAGAAGACAGGUAAUGGUGGUCAGUGUACCCUUGGCAGUGGACAGUGUGCUGACCCCAAUGCUGUGUGUGACCAGAUCACAAGACGAUGUCAGUGUAAGGCAGGCUUCUUUGACAAGAAUGGCAACUGUGUUGCUGAACUCCAGCCAGGCUCAUCUUGUUCCCCUGGUGAGCAGUGUGGUAGUAAUGCAGAGUGUGUCACAGGGAAAUGCACAUGUCUGCCAGAGUUCUAUGUGGACACACUGACUGGGCAGUGCUUACCCAGAGGUAAGCUGUCCAAACCAUGUCUGCCUGAGAGGUAUAUCCCAAGAUGUGAUGACCCAAACACAGAGUGUAACCCUGGCAACGACACCUGUGUAUGUCAGAGAGAACACCACAUCAAGAACAACCGCUGUGUGCCAAAUAUUCCAACCAAGUCAAGCUGUGUGCGUAACUCUGAAGAUGUGUGUGCUGACCAGAAUGCUGAGUGUACUGCUGCUGGGAUAUGUGACUGCAAGCCAGAGUUCUUCUAUAAGGAUGGACAGUGUAAGGAGCGUGGCAAGGUAGACACCCCGUGUCUGCCAGUGAGCUCUCCAGUAAGGUGUACAGAUGACGACACACGCUGUGUGAGUGGGGAGUGUGUGUGUAACCCAAGACAUGUGAAGAUUGGGGAGAGCUGCAUCUUAAAGAAACCCAUCAAUGGAAGUUGCGCUACGACCAGUGAGUGUGCAGACGUGAAUGCAGAGUGUGUCAGAAGAACGUGUCAGUGUUCCUCUGACCAUUACUUCAGUAUACAGGACCAGGCUUGCAGACUGCGUGGUGGCCUCAAUGAACCAUGCCUUCCCCAGGCUAGGUGCACUGACACACACAGUGUCUGCCACUUACCCACAAAUAUCUGCGAGUGUGAGCAGGACUACUUUCAGAAGUUUGGAAAUUGUGAGUUAAAGCCAGGCCCAGGUGACAGAUGUUUCCCAGGUGACGUGUGUCUGGGGAACAAUUCUCGUUGUCAGGGAGGAAGAUGCAAGUGUGCUGAGGGGUUCCAGGUGGUCGAUGGAAACUGUGAGGAGGGUGGCAAGCUAGGUCUCCAGUGUCUGACAACUCCUGGAGAACCCUGUACUGUGCCACAGGCUGAGUGCUUCAACAACAUUUGUCAGUGCCAGCGGGAGUACUUUGAGAUGAAUGGACAGUGUGUUCCAUUAGGAGAGCUUGGAGAGCCAUGCAGGUCAGUGGCAGGUGUCCAGGUGUGUAAAGAUGGAGAGGCAGAGUGCAGGCUGGGCAGGUGUAGGUGUCAGAGAGAUUUCUACCAGAAGGAAACACCUACUGGCCCUGUAUGUGCCCCCCGUGGAGACCUGAAUGGCCCCUGUACAUCAUCAGGAACCUGUAAUGACAUCUUUGCUCAGUGUCUGAGAGGGACCUGUGUCUGCGUGGAAACACAUUUUGAGAAAAAUGGAAAAUGUGAUCCUAAGAAGCAGCUGUACAGCUCCUGCACUGAGGAAGAUGUGUGUAAAGACGAGAAUGCUGUUUGUCAGAACAACAGAUGUCUUUGUAAAGUGGAUUUCUCACCAAACUCUGACAACAUAUGCAUUUCCAAUGGUCAGAUCUUGACUCCAUGCCUCAGUAACCAGCGGUGUCUGAUCACCAAUGCCGAGUGUGACAGGGAGCUCUGUAUGUGCAAGAAAGGAUACUUUUACAAGAACAAUGUCUGCAGACCAGACAUCCCGUAUGGGUCCAGAUGUGAGCCAGGCGACUCUUGUGCUGGGGAAGAUGUUCUGUGCAGGCGAGGAGAUACUGCUGCCACCUUGUGUCUGUGUAAACCAGACUAUGGCAGAUCUGGAGACCAGUGCAAACCUCUUGGUGAAUUAGGGCAACCAUGUCUGCCAGACAACACUUGCAGAGACAGUCAUGCCAGAUGUAACAGAAUCUGUCAGUGUCAGCAGGACUAUUUUGAGAAAAAUGGACAGUGUGUUGAAAAGAUUCCAUUGAACAACUAUUGCAAGGCUGAAGACAAAGACCAGUGUCUGGACGGGAAUGCAGAGUGUAGAGAGGACGCCUGUAGAUGUAGAAAUGGCUACUUUGAACAGGGAGGCAAAUGCAGAGCCAAGGGCAAGUUGAAUGCCCCAUGUCUAGAAGCAGUCAAAGGAGAAGAGAAAUGCACAGAUGCUAACACACAGUGCAGUCAGGGAAUUUGUUUGUGUUUGAAGAACUCCUACGAGAAACAAGAAGUUUGUGUUCCUCAGCGUCCUUUAGGUGCCCCCUGUACUCCAGCUGAUGUGUGUGAGGACAGGUUUGCCCCGUGUAACUCUCAAACCAAUAACUCUAAUACUAUUUUGCCUCGCGGUGUCAGAAAUGCUCCAUGUCUCCCAGGUUCCUACUGUUCCUCCUCUGGUCUGUUCUGUAACUAUGGAUUGUGUGUCUGUAGACCAGGAUUCUAUCCAGACAGGACAACCUGCAAGGACAAGAAGCCCUUGGACUUUGACUGUGAAGCAGACGACCAUUGCUCUGAUAUGAACGCCAUCUGCAGGAACAGGAAGUGUGUUUGUAAGGAGGCAUUCACUGAGGUCAACAAAGUCUGUGUGUUGCCUGGUGCCCCAGGGGAGCUGUUCAGAGCCUGUGUUGAUGGAGUGGCUUGUUCUAACAUCAACACCAUGCAGUGUACUCCCUCAGGGGUCUGUGUGUGUAGGAAUGGAUACUAUGCUGAUGGCACUCAGUGUGUUGCCAAGAAGCGUUUGCAGGGACGUUGUGCAUCUGAUGUAGAAUGUGACGCUGCCAACUCUCACUGUGUCUCAGGUCGCUGCCAGUGUCAACCCCAGACACAUGGGUUUGGGGUGUUUUGUAGUGUGAAAGGUGGGCUGUUUUCCCCCUGUCUGGAUGGAGGCUCCUGUACGGAGGGGUCUCUGCUCUGUCAAGAUGGUCUCUGUCUUUGCCACCCAGACUACUACCCUAAGAAUGGGAGAUGCAUUCCCAAGCAUCCCACUAUGGCUGCUUGUCACUCCACCAAUAGUGACGUCUGCCAGGACCAAAACGCCUUCUGCAAUGGAAUAUGGUGCCAGUGUAAGGAAGGUCACUACCUGAAAGAAAGGAAAUGUGUGAAAAAGGUGUCACUAGGCAUGAAGUGUGACAGUGGAGAUGCUUGUGAUAAUUUCAAUGCAGAAUGCAUAUCUAAGAAGUGCCAGUGUAGACAGGGCUUCCAACAAAAUGGGGACGUGUGUGAACCUCUAGGAGCUGUGGGCAGUUUAUUUGGCAGUUGUACCAGUGAUUUCAGUGUGGCCCAGUCCUGCUCUGCUCCUAACUCUGUGUGUCUACAGGGCACCUGUGUGUGCAGGGAAAACUACUACUACUCUAAUGGACUCUGUGCUGCCAAGGUUCCCCUGCGAGGCACCUGUGGGGACCAUAAUGCCUGCCUGGACCCCAAUGCUGUGUGUAGGAACAGAAUCUGUACAUGUCAGCUGGGAUACAGACCUGAACAGGGCAUUUGUGUCCCUAUAGGUCUGGUUGGAGACUCCUGCCUGUUUGAACACCAGUGUGUAGACUUGAACUCUCUGUGUGGUAAUGGAGUGUGUAUUUGUCAGUCAACUCACUACCUCCUGGAAAAUGUAUGUGUUCCAAAGCUAGAGCUUAAAACUACCUGCACCCCUGCAGACCAAUGUGCAGACCCCAAUGCAGAUUGCCAAAGAGGAGAAUGCAGCUGUCUGAUUGGAUAUGUGCAACAAGCUCAGAGAUGUGCUCGCCUUGUGCCUGUGAACUCUGCUUGUACCUUGGAUGACAUCUGUGAAUCUGAGUUUGCUGCCUGUCAGCAGGGAGUGUGUAAAUGCAGGACAGGAUUUGCUCUCAAUGGGAAUAAGUGUGAGCCUGAGAGCACAUCUGGUAAUGAAGGAGAGCUGCUGGGACCAUGUCUACGUAAUGGCGGCUGUACGCCAGAACACACCGUCUGCUCCGAGGCGAAACAGUGUGUGUGCACGCCAGGAUACUUCCAGAAGGAGGGGCAGUGUGUUCCUAAGAUCCCGCUGUAUGUCAGGUGUGAUUUCCGUGAUGUGUGUGCAGACGACAAUGCUGUCUGCUCUGAAGGAGUGUGUCUGUGUAAACCUGACAGCUUUGAUAAUGGAGGAUACUGCUUGCCCAAGCUCCCCCUGGGUGCCAGGUGUCCGUAUGACUCCGCCUGCGGCACAGAGAAUGCUGAGUGUGCCAACAGUCAGUGCAGCUGUAGCAAGGAGUACUUUGAGAAGGGAGGACUAUGUGUUAAGAAGAUAGAUGCAGGGAAUCCUUGUGGACAGGAAGAUAUCUGUGUAGACCAAGCCUCCUGUCUAAAUGGGCAGUGUACUUGUAUAAGAGAUCACUUCCCUCUCAAUGGGAUGUGUGAACACGUGGGCAGCCUGUUUUCUCCCUGUCAGCUGGACUCUGACUGUGCAGAGAACAACACUGCUUGUAAUGCUGCAGGGAUCUGUGAAUGUUCUCUAGGAUUUUAUCCCUCUAAUAGGCAAUGCUUGGAGCAGAUUCAGCCUGGUGACCAGUGCAGCACAGACUCAGAGUGUGUGAAUGACGCCUCAUGUAUUGGAGGACUCUGCGUCUGCACUGGAAACCUUAUCCCAGCAGACGGACACUGUGUGCGUCCAGGCAGCCUUCAUGUGGCGUGUGGUCCAGGUGGCACGUGUCUUACCAGGAAUGCGGAGUGUCAAGGGGAUGGAGUGUGUCGCUGUCCGGCUGAUUACUUUGAAAAGAAUGGAGGAUGUGUUCUCAAGCAGAUGGCAGGAUCAAGUUGUACAGAUGAGGACGUAUGCAUAGAUGGCGCUCUGUGUACUAAUGGCAUCUGUAUGUGCAGGACUGAACUCAGUUAUGUCAACAUUAAUGGCCGAUGUGUCCAGCGAGGUAAUCUUGGAGCCCCAUGUCUGCCCAACCAGGCCUGCACAGUGCCCAACUCUCAGUGUAAUGACCAGAAUAUCUGUCAGUGUCAGACUGGCUUCCACAGGAAGGGGAACACAUGUGACCAAAAAUUGCCAGCUGAAGACAUCUGUCUGGUUGGGGUAGACAUAUGCACUGACCAUGCUGAUUGCAUUGCUGGCAAGUGCUACUGCAGAGACGGAUAUGAAAGCAAGAAUGGGCAGUGUGUAAAGCUGGGGACCCUGGAUGCCCAGUGUCUUCCCAAUGGAGCCUGUACUGUGGCCAACACAAUCUGCAACCUGAACAACUUCUGUAUCUGCAAGGCUGAGUUCUAUGGUAGAAAUGGAGUCUGUGUUCCAAAGAUCCGUGCUGGUGAUGUGUGUGGUGGACAGCAGCAGUGUGUUCAGAAUGCCGUCUGCAGUGCUGGCAGAUGUGUCUGUGUCACAGGACAUGAAAAUAUCAACGGUCACUGCACUCGCCGUGGUGCUCCGUCUGCCCCCUGUCUGGCAGGCGCCAUAUGUGCUGUACCUAAUGCAGAGUGCGCCAUAGAUACCAAUAAGUGCCAAUGUGUGGAGGGCUUCUAUGACAAGGGAGGAACUUGUGUGCCCUAUCUGAAGGUUAGUCAGCCCUGUAGUGCAACAGAAGACAGAUGUGUAGAGAAUGCUGUGUGUUCUACUAGAGGGUUUUGUGAGUGCAAGGAAGGCUACCUGGUAGACAGGGACAAUCUGUGCAAUGCUGUUCAGCAAGGCACCCUGGGAGCCAGCUGUCUGCCAGAUGGCACAUGUCAGAUUGAAAACACUUGGUGUGACCUUGACCUUAAUGUAUGCAAAUGUCAGCCAGGAUUCUAUGCUAAACUUGGACAGUGUGUUGCAAGAACUGCCAUUGGAGCUUUCUGUACUAAAGAUGGAGAAUGCAUGGAAAAUGCUCUGUGUACACAGGGGACCUGCAGAUGUCUGGCUGACCAUGUGCUGGUUAGAGGGUUUUGUAUCCUCCCUGGAAUGGCCGGGGCUCCAUGUUUGGCCAAUAAUGAAUGUAUCCCUAGGUUCUCCCAGUGUGUAGCUGGUAUUUGUGACUGUCCCUAUGGGGUGAUUAGAUGGAAUGGCCAUUGUGUAACCAAUGGUUUUGCCCAUGGAGCAUGUGUUAGUGGCAGAUGUGCUGCCCAAUACACGCGUUGCCGUGACGACUCCUGUGUCUGCCAGUUUGGUUAUGGUGCCACAGAUGAAACUUGUGUGGGUGUCACACAUGGGGUCCUGGGAGCAUGGUGCCAGCAGCCCGGUGACGUCUGCUCUGGAAGCAAUGUCACUUGUUAUAAUAGAAUCUGCUCCUGUGAUGGGACAACAUAUGCCAAAGAUGGUCGCUGUGUGCCCCUUAUUGCACUUGGAGCAGCCUGUUUCUUUGGCGAUGAGUGUGUAUCCAGUGGAAUAUGUACGAAUGGAGUAUGUACAUGUCCAGAUGGAUUCAAGAAUGGAGGAGGCGUUUGUGUGGUUGCAGAAGCAGCUCUGGCCUCUCAGAAAUCAUUCUGGGAUGAAUGGUGGUGUAAGUUGACUAUUAUUUUUAUUAUGUGUGACUUCGAACCUCCACGGGCUUGA